CUGUGUCUGGAUGCAAUGUCACAGGCACAGUGCUGUGAGCAGGCAUCACUUUAAUGUCCUGCCUGAGCCCUCAGGAGAUGCUCCUUUCACGAUUGCUGCCCCUGGAAUCCGAGUCCACGCUGACAGAAGAGGACACGAAGGAGGGAUCCAGCUUUGGUCCUCCGCUGCUCUCCUCCACUCUCCCCUUCCUCCCAUCUGGGGCUAGAGCUGCCCGUCCAUCCCUCUGGCGCAAGAACCUCGCCAGUCGCAAGUGGGCACUGCCUGGAGAUUGGGCCUGGAAGGCCAUGCCCAGGGGUUGCUUCGGGCUGAAACUGGACCGAAUCGGGACCUUCAGUGGUUUGGGGUGUUAGCUUUGGAGGGCCUCCGAGCCGGAGGGCAGCCAGCCUCGGGAACCAGCACCGGCUCGGGAACCAGCACGGCGCACGGCUGCGCGAAGCCCUGAAGCUCCCGGCCCGAAAAAGGGAGGCUGCGGCAGCGAGGAAGCGGCGCGGCAGUACGAGCAGGAGC